UGCGGGGGGACCGGACUGGGGCUCGGCGCUGGAGGUCUGCGCGCCUGGGGGCCGCGGGGGAGAUGAGCAGAGAGGGAGGGCGAGGCUCCUUUGCUGCGCGCCUGGGGAAGUUUGAAGUUGCAGCUGCCUGAGUCCUGGGCGCGCCAGGGCGCGGGGCUUGGCGGGUUGUGUUUUCCGCUGUGUAGUUGGUUUAGGCGGCUCGGCUGGAGGACGGUCAGUUCGUUGCAGGGUUUGUUUCUCUUGGAUCCCGACCCCGUGGCGCUGUUGGCAGGGGGCAGGAGGCAUCGCUCUGCCGGACUCGGGUCAGGCUGGUGAUGGUGGGUGCUGUUUGUAAAGGUGUCAGUGGAUCACCGCAGGGGGAAACCGGUGAUUGGUGACACAUUACAAAAAAAAGGAAACUAAAUUAAAGGGACUCGGGUUUACCUGGCGGCAGGAAGCGGACUAGUGUGAGCAAGGGAACUCUCUCUAGCCCCGGGUCUUGCGCGCUCUGACAUGGGCUUGGCGGCGCCCUGCCAGAGGUGCCCGGACAAUAACGGAGCCAAGGGGUUUUAACUCCCUCUCCGCAGCGAGAAGCCGGUUUCUCCAAGGGCCGCAGUUUGCUCUCGAGGGACUGGGGAGGAGAAAGGGGGUGGGGGUUGUUUGAAGGGCAUUUCACCCCCUGACAGGGCUGGGGCGUGAGGGGCACUUAGAUACCCGCUUUUACUGGAGAUCCGGGUGUUUAUCGUGCCGGCGUCUAGGCGGGUAUUGCAAGGAUCCAGGUGUUUACAGUGCCUGGGGGUUUAGUGGCGAGACCCGGGGGUUAUAGCGCCCAGGUCUCGGUGGGUGCUGAGGGGGCCACUGCUUUGGGGCAGCUUUGCUGGUUUCCGGGUUCUUCCCCUCCCGCGGCCAGGAUGGAGCUGAGAUCGGAAAUGCCCAGCGUCCCCUCGGCGCCCCCUCCGGUGCCCCCCAGCUCGGUGGCGGCCGCCGCGGCAGCCGCGGCCGCGAGCUUGCCGGUGAGCGUGGCCGGCAGCCUCCUGCGCGGCCCCCCGCUGCUGCUGCGGGCGGCCGAGAAGUACCCGCGCACGCCCAAGUGCGCCCGCUGCCGGAACCACGGGGUGGUGUCGGCGCUGAAGGGCCACAAGCGCUACUGCCGCUGGAAGGACUGCAUGUGCGCCAAGUGCACCCUGAUCGCCGAGCGCCAGCGCGUCAUGGCCGCGCAGGUGGCGCUGCGCCGCCAGCAGGCGCAGGAGGAGAACGAGGCCCGCGAGCUCCAGCUGCUCUACGGCACCGCCGAGGGGCUGGCCCUGGCCGCGGCCAACGGCAUCAUCCCGCCCCGGCCGGCCUACGAGGUCUUCGGCUCCGUCUGCAGCGGGGCCAGCGGCGAGGGAGGCGCUGGGGGUUCGGACUCCAAGCUGCAGAAGUUCGACCUGUUCCCCAAGACGCUGCUACCCAGCCGGGCUGUGACCGCGCAGCAGGCGGGCGGGAAGCCCCUGUCUCCGGACGGGGAGUCGGUGCCGGGCACCUCCUCCCCCGAAGCUCGCCACGGCUCGGGCUCGGAGAACGGGGACGGCGAGUCCUUCCUGAGCUCGCCCGUCUCCAAGGGGCCGAAGGAGGGGGAGGAGAGCCCGGGCUCCAUCAGCCCGCUGGGCUCGGACUCGGGCUCGGAGGCGGAGAAGGACGAGCAGGACCCGUCGCCCUCGGCCGGCGGCCGCCAGCGGACUCCCAUCGACAUCCUGACGCGGGUCUUCCCGGCGCACCGGCGCAGCGUGCUGGAGCUGGUGCUGCAGGGCUGCGGCGGGGACGUGGUGCAGGCCAUCGAGCAGAUCCUCAACAACCGCGGCCCGGACAAGGGGCCCGAGGAGAGCUGGGCCCGGGACGGCGCCCUGCAGCCCAGCCCGGCCGCCGCCGCCGCCCACCACCGGCCCCUGAUCGCCGGCACCAUGAGCCCGGCCAUCGGCACGCUGGGCAGCCGCUCCGCCUUCUCGCCGCUGCAGCCCAACGCCGGCCACUUCGGCGCCGAGGCCGGGGCCUACCCGCUGGGCACCCACCUGGGCCUCAACCCGCUGCGCCUGGCCUACUCGGCGCACAGCCGCGGACUGGCCUUCAUGGCCCCCUACUCCACCGCCGGCCUCAUGCCCACGCUGGGCUUCCGGCCGCCCAUGGACUACGCCUUCAGCGACCUCAUGCGGGACCGCUCCGCCGUGCACAAGGAGCAGGUCUACUCCAGCGGCCUCUACGGGCCCGUGCUCAACAACACCCCCGAGAAGCAAUAGGGGGAGCCCCUGCUGGGGAGCAGCGCCCGGCCGCCACGGGCACGCUCCCUCCUCGCGGCCCAGCUCAGGCCUUGCAGCCAAGGGCAGGGCUGCCCCCCCAGGGACUCCCUGCAGAGAGAGCGAGAGAAAGAGGGGGGACUAUAUGGACACCGACUGAUUCGCCCCCCUUCCCCUUCCGGCCCAUUCCAUGGUCGGGCAGGGCGCCGACCCCUGCUGCACGGAACAGAGUGUCGGGCAAAGCUGACAAAUAAUAGGUGUAUUAAAAAAAAAAGGUUAUAAAGGUGCACUUUCAUUGUUGA